AUGAAAAGUGACGCAGCUGCAAGGGCGUCUCUCGCGGGCUUUGUGUCCACGUCCGUCCUGACCUCUUCCGAUGGACUCUUUGGUGACAACGUCCAGGAAGAGCGCGUGACGGAGGCCCCAGCACCGCGAGCAGAGGACGCCGGCGGCUACAAACCACUGUACGAACAGUUGCAAGAGCGUCAAGAGAAAAAAGACAGUGACUGGAAGGAGAAGAAUAACCCAUUUGCUCCGCCCAAGGGACUGGAUGACGACGAGUUUGCGUACAUUACGGAACUAGAGAGCAAGAAGAGCGACGUCGAGCGACAGCGGCAGGCACAGCACAACGACGACCUGGCGGACUUUCUUGUGGCGCGGAGUGCACCCAAGUCGAAAGCUGACGCGUCGCUCACAGUCCAGCAAUUGCAAAGGCUCAGUGCAGAGAGUGACUCGAAGGCAGCAAGCAAGAAGCAGCAGCGUGCGGUGGUCGUGGUCAAGGCCAAGCGAAGGAGGGCUGACAAGACACGCAACGGGCAUGUCGUAGCUGCUGAGGUCUCUGGCAAGUCGAAGCACCAACGAUCGAAGAAGGCAAAGGUCGAGGACUUGACCACGUCCGUCGUGACCCGAAAGGAAGAGCCGCGUACAGCAGUGCGUGGACUGGUGUCGUACGGUAGCGACAGCGAUGACGGAACCACAGCAAGUUAG